UUAAAGUUCAGCCAUAUAAUUACUUAAUUAAAAAAUAUAUUUUUAUCUUAUGUAUAAAAAUUUAUAUGGUGAAAUCUUAAAAGAGGAAUUUAAAAAACAGUAUCUAAAUACUGUACCUAAGUCUUACCCUUCAACAAAUAUACACAUUUUGUCAUUUCUACAAACUUAUGGGCCAGAUUGUUGGUUAUUUCAAAUAAUAGUUUAGUCUUACCCUUCAACAAAUAUACACAUUUUGUCAUUUCUAAGAACUUAUGAGCUAGAUUGUUGGUUAUUUCAAAUAAUAGUUUUCAAUGUUUAUAUACUGAAAAUUGUAGGUCCAAAAAAUAUUUUAAUCGUGUGUUCUUGCAGUACCUUCUAAAUUACAGUUUUCAUAUCACGACAUUAGAAAUCUCCAACCAAACAAAUCUAUACGACUGCACAUGAUUGGCCUCAUAUAUAAUUUUGUUAUUGUUUAUUGGGUUUGGGCAGAGGGAAGCGAAAGAACAAAUUCAGACUAAUAACUUAUAUCUAUUAUUCAUGCUCAAUAGUACCACUAACCCUUGGGGAUUCAAUUGUUGCCAAAAAAAAAAAAAAAAAAAAAAGAAGAAGAAAAGAAAACCCUUGGGGAUUCAAUUGCUGGAAAAAAAAAGGGUAAAUUAUGGGUUUAGUUCCUAAGGUGUAUGCUAUGUCUCAAUUUGGUUCAUAAUAUUUUAAAUGUGUCAAUUUAGUCUAUAACUUUUCGAUACUGUAUAAAAGUAGUCUUUACCAUUAAAUGAUAGAAAAAAAAUUUUAAAGUGGUUACUAACGAUUAAAAUAAAAAAUUAUUUUUAUGUCACAUAGAAUGCCAUACACACUUUUAAGUAGUCUUAGAGCAUCCACAUCAGUAGAUGCAUAAUUUCUGUCUAUUUUACAAGAAAAAACAUACUUUUUUUAUUAUUUUAUAUCUAUUUUUACAAAACCCUCACAUUAGUUUAUCUAUUCUAAACAUUUAUUUAAUAAAAUAUUCAUUCUUGACUUAAUACCCAGCUACUAUCAACGAUGAUAGCAACUAGCUCACUAUAUAUUUCUUCAUUUUGUGCUGCAAUAAAAGGCACAAAAACCAUGAAAUUUGGGAAGGAAUUCACAGCACAAAUGGUGCCUGAAUGGCAAGAAGCAUACAUGGAUUACAAUCAACUUAAAUCCCUUUUGAAAGAAAUCCAACGCUUCAAGCAAAGAACCAAGCCACCAGCAACCCCAGCUGACCUCAAACGAAAGCUCACACUUUAUAGAGCUUUUAGUGGCUUAACACAAAGAUACAACCACCCCACAAGCCCAUCAUCAGCUUCUGAUGACAUUGAAAGCCAAGCCAUUCAUGUCAAUUCUGUGAACCAUGGUGGCUCACAAAGUUAUCAAACUACGUUUCGCAUGUCCUCCGAUGAAGGUGGCGAGUAUGAAUUGGUUUACUUUAGGAGACUUGACGACGAAUUCAAUAAAGUGAACAAGUUUUACGAGGCUAAAGUGGAGGAGGUGAUGAAGGAAGCAGCUAUGUUGAACAAACAAAUGGAUGCUAUGAUUGCUUUUAGGAUCAAAGUGGAGAAUCCUCAAGGGUGGUUUGAUAGGUCUGUGGAGAUGACUCGUCUUGCUUCUGAUGUUGCUGCUUCUACACCAAAAGGAGCCAGAGCAAGCAGUAAAGUUCCCAUGUCCAUGGAUGUGAUUGAAGAGGGUUCGAGUAGCCAUGGACCAUCAUCAGAUGAAUCAAGUGAUGACAAAGAUAAUGAAAUUGUCAACCAAAUGGUUCAAGAACAGAGGCUAAAGAACAUGAAGGGAACUAGACCAGCUUCUCUUGAAAUACUUAGUCAUGUGAAAAUGAACAACACUCUAGAGACUCCUUGUUCAACCAUUAAGGGCUUCCUCAAUUACCCUAUGCAGAUUGAGCUGAAUUUUACCGGGGAAAAUUUGAGGAAAGUUGAAGAUCAACUUAAGCAAGCUUUUGUUGAAUUUUACCAGAAGCUUAGGCUUCUAAAGAACUACAGCUUCUUGAAUAUUCUGGCAUUUUCAAAGAUCAUGAAGAAAUAUGAUAAGAUCACUUUAAGGAAUGCAUCAAAAUCUUACAUGAAAAUGGUGGAUAACUCCUCCCUUGGCAGCUCUGAUGAGAUUACCAAACUUAUGGAAAGGGUUGAAGCUACAUUCAUCAAACAUUUCUCUAAUUCUAGUCGCACCAAAGGCAUGAAAAUCUUAAGACCCAAGGCAAUGAGGGAAAGACAUAGGACAACAUUUACCACUGGUUUUUUUGCUGGCUGCAUAGUAGCUCUGAUUUUAGCCCUUAUUUUAAUCAUUCGCGCACGCAAUAUCACGGAUAAGCCAGAGGCAACAAAGUACAUGGAAAACAUGUUUCCCCUUUACAGCUUGUUUGGCUUAAUAGUUCUACACAUGAUUAUGUAUGCUACCAAUAUAUUCUUCUGGAGGCGAUACUGGGUCAAUUAUUCCUUCAUAUUUGGAUUCAAGCAAGGAACUGAGUUGGGGUAUCGAGAAAUUGUCCUCCUCAGUUUUGGUCUUACAGUGUUAGCACUAGCCAGUGUGCUCUUAAACCUUGACAUGAAGAUGGAUCCAAAUACAAAAGAUUAUGGAACAUACACCGAACUUCUGCCUCUGAACUUGGUUUUUCUUGUACUCAUCAUAUUAUUUUGCCCAUUUAAUAUCAUGUAUCGUUCAAGUCGUUUCUUCUUCCUUACGUGUCUCUUUCACUGUAUUCUUGCUCCUUUGUACAAGGUGACACUCCCAGAUUUCUUCUUGGCUGAUCAGCUCACUAGCCAGGUGCAAGCCUUGAGAAGUUUUGAGUUCUACAUUUGCUAUUAUGGUUGGGGAGACUUCAAGCACAGACAUCACACCUGCGGAAGAAGCGAUGUAUACAAAACUUUCUAUUUCAUUGUUGCUGUAAUUCCAUACUGGUCUCGACUCCUUCAGUGCCUCAGGCGCUUGUAUGAAGAGAGAGAUCCUAUGCAAGGAUAUAAUGGUAUCAAAUAUUUUCUGACUAUUGUGGCUGUUAUCUUGAGGACUGCUUAUGGUCUUAACAAGGGAAUGGGUUGGAAAACAUUAGCCUGGAUUUUCUCAGCCAUUGCAGCAAUUGUUUCUACAUACUGGGACCUUGUUAUAGAUUGGGGGCUUCUUCAACGUCGAUCUAAGAACCGCUGGUUGAGAGACAAGCUAUUAGUCCCUCACAAAAGUGUAUAUUUUGGAGCAAUGGUGUUGAAUGCGUUGCUAAGGUUUGCAUGGAUGCAGACUGUAUUGGGUUUCCAAGUGUCUUUCUUACAUAAAAAUUCCUUAAUAGCCAUUGUAGCUAGCCUAGAGAUCAUUCGUCGUGGCAUAUGGAAUUUCUUCAGAUUGGAGAAUGAACAUUUGAAUAACAUUGGCAAGUACCGAGCUUUCAAGUCUGUGCCACUACCCUUCAACUAUGACGAAGAUGAAUAUAAAGAUGAAUAGGCUGUUUCAACAUUCUACAUAAGUAAUUAAUAUAUAUAUAUAUAUAUAUAUAUAAAUA